AUGGAAUCUAAAACAGUUACGCAGACUUUCGUCGCUUCGGAUGUAAGCGAUCAUUCAAACACAGAUUAUAUAGCAAGCGACAAUGAUGAGACUGAAAGUGUUUGUGUUAGUUCAUCGCAUUCGAUUCCUUUACGUCGAUAUCCCUCGCUGGCAGAGCUUUCCUCUAUAGCCACAAACUGUGAAGGAACUAAUAUAACUACUGUCGAUUUAUCGAUGGAGGAGAAGAAACUAAUGCUAGCUCCCAGCACCGAAGAUUGUAAAAUUCAAACUUCAAAUCAGCUGAAUAGUAUCUGGAAUCGAGGGCCGCCAGUCACACCACCAAAGGUUGCCGAAGCAGGCAAAACCUCGUCAAAUCAAUGUGGAGAUGAUCCCUUAACUCCGACUGCUAACCUUAAAAUGCUCGUCAGUGCUGCUAGUCCAGCAAUACGCGAUCGGGAAACCAGGAAGAGAGAAUUAUUUCCAGGUGAAAGUUUUAACACCUUUGAGACGCUCCAGUCAGCGGCGAGUGUGCUAAUUUCAAACUCAGGACAGUCUGAUGCACUUAGAAGUGAGCGGGAUUUGAGUGAUGAAUCUUCUCAUGUUGUAUAUGGAGAAAACAAGAUAACCAUCAGCCGGAAAGACAAGUCGCUGGGGCUUCUGUGUCAGAAGUAAGUAAAAUUCUCAAAUGGGCGCGUUGUAUCAUGAUCGACCGUUUAGCGCCAAAUUUGGUUAAACGUGGCAAUGUUUGAAUUCGUAAUGAAAGGUGAAGCAAGGUUGAUUACGCGCCAAAAGACGACUAUCCUUCGUUUGAUUGCGAUAAUAAUAUUAAUCGAUUAUUUUUACUUCGAUAAAGUAAGAACACGACAGCUAUUUCUUGCCUCUCCCUAAAAUAUAGGAAGGAUUAUAUUAUCUUACCUCCCUAACGACGAGAUGGCGUUACCAACUCUCUCAAGUAGUAACUGAAGUCACGUUUAGUAGAAUGGCAAAGUUAGUCCAUGGAUGUCAUGUCUGUUAUCUUAAAAUCUGUAUACGUUUUUGGUUGAAAUAGUUGUUUUUACACAGGUCUAUUAUUACUUCUCAAACACGUUGAGUGUGAUUGCAUAAUUCUUGAUUUUUGUUCUCUUUGGAGGUAAAACAUACACGACGUUGUCCUUUUCUCAACAGGUUUUUGUCCAAAUAUCCAGAAUACCCAAAAGCUAACGAGUUUAUUGAGAUUGGCCUUGAUGAUGUGGCAAAGGACCUUAGUAAGAAAAAUAUAUUUAUUUUGGAGAUACAUAACAAUUUAAGUUGUACAGUUAGAGGAAACCAGGACGUACCUGGAAAUUUGGUUGAGCAUCGCCUUGUGUUGGUGUAGCCACAGUAGGCAUAGUUAACUUUUCUAGAAAAAUUAAUUAGGAGGUAGUGCAACUAUCUAAUAAAAAAAGAAAAUCCUAAAGCUGGUGCAGAAUGGACUUUUAAUUUCUUCCCUAUAUUUAUUUCACAGGUGUGGAAAGGAGGCGAAUUUAUGACAUUGUCAAUGUUUUGGAAAGUGUAGAAGUUAUAAGCAGAUAUGCAAAGAACAGAUAUGUCUGGCAUGGAAAAUCAAGACUUCCCUCUACUCUAAUAAAGCUUAAGGUAAAAAUUAAAGUAACUUCUGACACAUACAUGUACACACCAAUAUACAUGUUUUCGUUGCUUUCAUUCUAAUGGUUUUUUUUUUCCGGAGUAUUUGAGAUUUCAAAAAUUGAGAUGUUGACAGCAUUAAGUGAUGCCAAAGAAGGCUGCAGUGUAAAUGCACUGUAUAUGCCAAUUCAUUUUAGAUGAGAUUUAUACUGCUAUCAAUACACUUAUUCAAACCAGAAUUCUACCAUUCUAGUAUGUACUGAAUUCAAGUUCUUCUGAGCUAAACUGAGGUAACACAAAAGUUUUUCAUGAGAAAUAUAGUAGCAAGAGAAAACAGAAAAGUAACAGAAGUUCUUGUCUGAAUCAAAAAUUUCAUUGGUUGUCAAAAUUUAGAAAAUUGAGCAAAGUGAUCAGUGAAUUUUCUGAUCACUAUUUUAGCAAUUCAAAACAUUUUAAACUUCGCUAUAUUCACGGUAGGUUGAGUCCUAAUCAUCUUUUUUCAAUCAAACUGUAAUGAGAUUUUUGAGAUGUACAAGAAGCAAGCAUGUUUUCAGUCUUGUAAUUUUUACUCAUUCUUUUUUUUUUUUAUCUUGUUUAAAACAGCACUAUGCCGUAUCAAAAGGGCUGAAAUUAAAGCCCUCAUUUCCAGGAAAGGAACAUCUAAAAUCAAAAGACACUAAAAAGGAAAAGGUAAUCAAGAUAAAUGAAAUGCAAAAUUAUCUCUUUUUUUGCUACACUAGUAAAAUUUGGGAUCUGCAACUAGGAUUGGCUGCUACAGAUGAUAAGUUUUGUCAAAUUGAUUGUGAGAAGUAUUUUAAACUUGGUAAAAAGGUUUAAUCUUGCAUUUAUAUUAUACAGCGUCCGCUUGCAUGCCUGAGCAACUCAUUAUUGAGUGCUACAAAAUUUCCUGUUCUCAACCUAAAGAGAAGAAAUCUUGGAACAGGCAAUUCCUGACAGGGUCAAGAGAAACAUCAGUUUUCUACUUUUUCUGUCUACAUUAUGUAUCCAGUGAAUCUAAAACAUUUUUUAAUUUGUUUUCUUAGAGUAAAGUUCCAGUUACAUCAGCAUUGUCCAGCCAGUUACCUUUAAUCCUCCCAAAGAAUUCUAGUCUUGUGUCCCUUGUUCAAGCUUUAAAACCUCAUGUGUCCCAAAUGAACAACAACCUCAUGCCACCACCUGCCACUGUGAAAGACAGUACAGCAGAAGAAAAAGCUGGUAAAAAUCUGAAAUUUAGAGGUUUGUAUGAUUCUUUUGAUCUUUUUUAAUAUCCCAGAUGUAAUUGUUGGUUUCUCAGUUGUUGUUAGUUUAUACCUUGUUAUCAUUCCUUUAUAGGCUUCAUUUUAAUUUAUCCCAAAACAGAUUUAGAUUAAAAGUUACCACAUUUCAAGUUUUUAACAUCAGCAACAGUAGGACUCCAUAGUAAUUGAAAAUUUAUUUGAGAUCAAUAUUUCAAACAUCAAUUCUUGCUAACAUGCAUUGUCAUUUAUUUGUUAUUUUUUUAUAAAGAUAAUGAAUACUGCAGAAAAGACAAGUCAUUGGGAGUUCUCAGUCAAAAGUUUUUGAUGAUGUUUCUUGUCUCUGAGGUAUGCACAAUGCACAUGUUGAAUGCCACCUUCACACCAUUAAAGCAUGUUUAGUUAAACCAGGUUUACUUUCACCUUAAUGAAAUCUAGCUACAGAAAAUGAACAAAUUGAAUUUUACAAUGGAUUUAAGUAAUCAAUAGAUUUUAAUUUCAUUUCACUAAAUUUUAAGUUGCCAAACACAGCUGUAAGCAACAUCUUUGAGGAAACCAAUUUUCAACCAUGUCUAACAAAACAGGUGUGAAACAUGUUUUAGCUUUUAUAUGAAUGGUAUUUAAGUCAAAUACUUCUCUAGAUUGAACUUUAAGGGCCAGCUAUUUAAACAAAGUUUAGCCAUUGUUUAACAAAACCCGCCCAGAAUAAUCCUCAAUUUAGCUGGACCUUUCAUCAGAACAUUUAUUUUUGUGAACUGUGUCGAGAGGGCCAAAAGCUUGCAGUAUAAGGGCAUUUAUUUAAUUGAAUCAACCCUCAAUUGUGUAAAUCAGUGGUUUGGUUAGACCUCGUGCAAAUAACCAGCCCUAACUGUUCCUCACAUGUUUUAACUCAAUAUAUUUGAUUACGCUAGACAAGACAUGUGACCCUAGAGGAUGCUGCAAAUGUACUGAUUGGUGAGGAGGAAGAAGGCCAAACAAAGUAUAAAAGUAGGCAUGAAUACAAAUUGCAUAAUUAUAUACGCACUGAUAAGGUGAACACAGCUGGGAGAAAAUUGUAACAUACCAGUAAAUGUAAGAAAAGAAUUUUAGAAGGAAAAAAGGAAAAAUUGACAUGCCAGUACUUAAAAAAGUAGAAAAAAAUUUUAUGACUAACAAGACCAAGCUUUUCUGUGUUGAAAAUAUGAUGUAUAACAAUGAAAAUCUGAGGCAGGAUUUAGACACGCAAUUACUGUGAUACUGUUGGUAAUCUUUCAAUGACACAAUCAUUCUCUUUCAGCUAAAGUCAGACGACUGUAUGACAUUGCCAACAUUCUAUCAAGCCUUCAGCUAAUAGAGAAAGUGCACAUCCACAGCAUCCAGGCAGGAAGGAAACCUGGCUUCAGAUGGAUAGGAAUAGAUCCUGAUAAACUGGAAUUAUUGGUACCCAACACCCAAGGUAUUGCAAUUUUGGUCAAAAGCACCAAUUAGUUAUAUAAUGAGCGUGAAGUAAGAUAAUUUAGAAGUUGCUCAUCUAGAUAGUGACUCCCCAUCAAAAGAUACCAAGUGAAAAUGUAGAUUUGAAGCGCUUUACUUUUAAGCACCCUGGGCACCUACAUUUGAAGAAGGCUAAUUGUCAUUCAGACACCAUGACAGCCUAUUAGUGUAUUUGGAGCUUUGUAAAUAUUUUUCAGAUGUAAUGAACCCCUUCCCCUGUAGAUUUCAUCCGUACCCCUCUCUUUCAUGUCAAGUGACUUUGAAAAGGUCAAUGAUCAGAAUGUUUUAAACUACCAGAUGUGAAGACACGUCUGUGUCGGAAAAGUGGUGUAUGGAGGUGCACGUUACUUCAAGCUGCCCUUGUCUAAGAUGUGUUCUUUUCAUUUGUUCCCGUUUUACAGAUGAGGUAGACAACCCACCAACAGUACACAGGGUCUCUGGAGAAAAGAGAAACGAACUCCAGUUUGAUGAAGACGAAGAAAGUAAGUUUAAAGGAUCAAACACUGAAAAAGAGACAACUAACCUCUAGGUACCGCAUAUUAUCUGCACUUACUCUCGGGCACCACUUGAUCUACGGGUUACAAGCUUUUUGAAAAAACGUCUCCAAAAUCUUGUUCAAAGAAAACUGAAAUCUAUUAUCGCACCGUAAUCUUUUCAUAUUACUAUUGGUCAGGUGCUGUAGGACGUUUUAUCAGGCGGAGACCAAGCCAGCAACAAAUUAGACCAAAGACAGGGGAGACUGAAGCAAGCAAAAGCAAGUUGCCGCGUUCACGAUCAGAGAGAGUCUUGAGCACGAAGAAUGGAGGUCAGCGAGAAUGCGAGGAUGGUUUUUCAGUUCAAGAGAUCGCAGCUUCGUUUGGUAAGUUAAUCCACCAUUCUCAAGCUUUCUGUGUAAUCGUACAACUGAAAGUUUGUUCUUGUCUUAGCUUGGUUCCGUUUGUAUUGGCAGGUGUGGGUUCAUCAACAGGCAGUCCAACUGAAGCUAAAUUCCGUGCAGAGUUGAAGAAACUACACCAACAAUACCCUGAUCAUAUCCUUUGAUUAUUUACCUUCUCAAGAUAUUUUACCCUCUGUAUUCUAGUUGUUCAGGAAAAGAGGUCCAUUAACAAAUGCUUAAGCGCGGUUUUUCCUCUCUUUCAAAUGGAAAGGUUAUUUUAAUGGUUAUUAGUGCCUGUGGCUAAGUAAAGUUUAACUGCAACCUGAUUUACUGAGAACCUGAAAUUUGGCCUUUAUUCAUCCUUGACGUUUCGCACGUAUGUCGCAGUUACUUUCAGCUUGCAGUUAUUCAGACGAUUUCGAAGCUAGAAAGAGUCGUCGUUCCUUGUUCAUGCCACAAAAAUCGGAACUGGACGGUGCUCCAGAGCCGAAACGAAGACGAAGCGCCGACGAUGCGUACUCCAUCAGGCAAGACACAGAUGCUGGGUUUUCACAUUCAACGACUUCACCGUUCAAAAGUCUUCAAGAAGGAAAGAACGUUCCUUCAGUUAGCAGCCCUAAACAGACAAGUCCGACCGGAAAAUUAAAUCUGGCAUCCCCUGAACAAAAGAUUCUCUUAGAGAGACAAAAACAGCGGCAACUAUUAGAAGAACAGGAGGGGUUUGACUCUCAAGAUGAACGUUGGAAGCGCAUGGAACGCGAGCUGGAUAAAGCUUUUCCUAAAGGGGGACCAACCCGUCCAAUGAUGGUCCAUCAGUCUUCGUCACCCCUGCCCUACGACGCACUCGUAGAGCAAACGUCUGUAGCCAUUCAAGCCAGUCUUAUAGACGACUUAAGCCCUCUGAAACCAUUGAGCUAUUACCGAAAGGUUAAGUCCCCUUGGAAAAAUACUGAGUCUCAACAGAGCUCUUGUACAACUUCAUCGCCUGUUCCAUUUCAGGGUGGAUCUGUCAUGAAUGCGCUCUCCAAUCCGCACGCGAUGUCGCCGGUGCCAAUUCUUCCGGCAACAGAGCGUCCUGCUAGUGUUAACAACGCAUGCCCGAACAGUGCUUACUUUUUGCAAAUCCCUGUUUCAGCAGGAGGUAACGGAGGGUCAGUAGUGUGGGCCACACCCACCCCUCCCUCUGGUAGCUCAACACCUUCUCCAGACCAACUCAUUAAGAUGGCGGCAUCGCCUGUGAACGCACCACUGCUUUACAGUCCCAGGUCACUCACGCCCACUCCUGAACCUGUUUCAUUGGAGCCGUCUGUUGCCGGUAAACAACAAGCGGUUAUCACAACUCCCUUGGUCACCGUGCUUGAACCUCAGCAAGUUCGCCCCGUGCAACAGACCUUAUCAAUUCAACUUCCAGCAAUUCCUCAAGUAGGCAAAGCCGAAUUGUAUUCAGUCACGCCCAUCACGGGCAAUAUUACUCCAUUGCAGUUUGCUACUCCAUUGGUCAAACUCACAGAUCUCAAAAAGGUCGUUUCCAUGGAAACACCUACUACUACAGUACAGCUGCUGACGGAUGUGUCUAAACGCCUAUCACUUCCGUUUUCGGGUGAACAAUCUAUGUAGGUGAAUUUUUUUCAAAGAAAAAUUUUUAGUAAUUUUUUAUAUAGGAAUACAAGUGUUGCCCUGCCUUUCGCAAUAUUUUUUCAAGUACAUUAAGAUUAGCGAAAGUAUAGGCAAUUACUUUUCAGAAUUUUCCGAUCAUUACUCUUUAAAACUCCUCCAGGACUGAUGAGAGUGGAAACAAUUUUUUUAAGUACAGUGCUUUAUGAAGCAAAUAGAUUUUGGAGCAGAUUUUGCUGAAUAGCUCACAGUUAAAAUCAUUGUGCAAAGUACCGGUCACAGAUAGGUGAUUUUAUUUUACUCCAUUUUUUUCUGGAAAACAGUUUGGAGGGAGAUAAAAUUGUUGAUUUAUUUUAUUCAGAAUUGUAUUUUUUAUGUCAAGUGGAAGUUAUCAAAUGUAUAAUUUAGCUUUGGAGCUUUUGAGCGAUCCUUUGGUCGCAAAUCGUUUUAUUCUUUGUAAUGACUGAAGAAGUUGUCCAGUUUGAAGAAUAUGAUGUCCUGGUGUGUGUUAAAUUUCCUUGAUUACUUACCAAGGUUAAAUGCUUUUGUCACUGCGACUGAAACAAACGGUUUAUUUUAUAGCAGGGCCGGACUAAGUUUGGCAACUGUGUAGUGCAGACAGUUCUAUUGUUUACCUUUGGUCUUCUCAUUCACUUCAAUUUUGCAACCUCAUCAAAACUUUGAGUAAAUUUCUAUAAUGGCAAAGGAAAUCACAACCAAGUCUCAAAUUGUAAACCUGAAAUAUCAAUAACCGCCUUUUAAACAUUCCAGUCCUGGGUAAUAUGGGUAAUGUGAAUCGAAGGAACGACUGACGUUCUUGAGAAUAGUUUCGUGCACAGCGCGGAAGAUUAUUUGUCAUGUACUUCAUGACAAUGAUCGACCGCUAAAUUUGUAGAAAUAAUUUUCCCUGUUACUUGACCAUUACCGUUUAGGUAAUCCGGGUCAAAAAAUUCCUUGGAUUAGUUUUCUUGAGGACAGCUAAGAGAACUUACAGGUAAUGACGCUUAUCUUAACAAGGUGCUUGUUCCUUCGAGCAUCGAGUGCUUUUAAGUAUUUUUUUCGUCUCCAACCAGGCCCACUCAAUUCCGGCCGUUGCAAUGAAGAUUGCCUCGUAAGGGGGGGGCCUCCUUUGCCAUUUAUU